AUUAAUCAAACGAAAUACAUUGUGUUUAUAUAAAAGUAUACGUGGUAUAGAACUGUUUUUUGAAUGUAAAUAAAUUACGUUCACAUUUUAAUAUUUUGAAUACUUUUGAAUUGAUAUCUGGCUGUGAAACACUUCGAACGACCACGUCGUGUUUGAAGCAAGUUUCAAUUCAAUAAUUUUGAGUUCAUAUAAAAACAUCAAAAAACUGGUGUUUUCUUCUAUUUCUAAAAUGGUACCAGAUAUACGCCUAUUUUCAUUAUUAAUUUUUAUGACCUAUUUGUGCUUUGGCGAAACAUUUGACUUGAUUUGUGGAAGACGUACUUCAUAUACACAGAAAAAAGGGAAACCAUUAAAUACAAAGAAAAAACUAAUGUUAUAUAAGAUUUUCAAGUCACGUAAAGAGUAUGAAGAGGAAAAGGCAAUCGAUGCAUAUGGUUAUUAUUUCUGGGAAAUUCUGAAUUUUAGCGAAUGCUGUGUAUGCUGCAUAGAAAUGGCAAAUUCAUCAAAAACUGAAUAUUGUGUUCGAUUGCGUAGCAAAUCUAUAUUUGGCAUAUUCAAAAAGACUAAAUAUGAUCACAUUGAAAAUAAUAAAUUCGAUAGAAAAAGUCAUGCAAAAAUCGAUAAAAAACGCGGAAUUUCAAGCGAUUGCUGUCCCUAUCGCAAUGGAUAUACGGUGCAAACAUGAAAGUGUUCUUAGUUUGAUUAAAAAGUCUUUAAAGAAUGACCAAAUUAUACCCAUUAAAUUCUCUGUUGGCACAUUAGGCAAUGGAAUUAGUUGGGUCGUUCUUUUUACAAACAUGUAAUAAACAACACAAUUUGUAAUUCAUGUAUUUUAAAAAA